AUGAAGCACCCAGGAGGGCCCCGACCUGUAGGAUUGCCCAUUCCGUGUGGCCAUGUGGCCGUGUGGCCGUGUGGCCGUGUGGCCGUGUCGCCGUGUGGCCGUGUGGCCGUGUGGCCGUGUGGCCGUGUGGCCGUGUGGCCGUGUGGCCGUGUGGCUGUGUGGCCGUGUGGCCGUGUGGCCAUGUGGCCGUGUGGACAUGUGGCCGUGUGGCCGUGUGGCCGUGUGGCCGUGUGGCCGUGUGGCCAUCUGGCCAUGUGGCCGUGUGGCUGUGUGGCCCUGUGGCCGUGUGGCCGUGUGGCCAUGUGGCCAUGUGGCCGUGUGGCCGUGUGGCCAUGUGGCUGUGUGGCCGUGUGGCCAUGUGGCCAUGUGGCCGUGUGGCCGUGUGGCCAUGUGGCUGUGUGGCCGUGUGGCCAUGUGGCCAUGUGGCCGUGUGGCCGUGUGGCCGUGUGGCCGUGUGGCCGUGUGGCCGUGUGGCCGUGUGGCCGCGUGGCCGUGUGGCCGUGUGGCCGUGUGGCCGUGUGGCCGUGUGGCCAUGUGGCCGUGUGGCCGUGUGGCCAUGUGGCCGUGUGGCCAUGUGGCCGUGUGGCCGUGUGGCCGUGUGGCCGUGUGGCCGUGUGGCCGUGUGGCCGUGUGGCCGUGUGGCCAUGUGGCCAUGUGGCCGUGUGGCCGUGUGGCCGUGUGGCCGUGUGGCCCUGUGGCCCUGUGGCCCUGUGGCCCUGUGGCCCUGUGGCCCUGUGGCCCUGUGGCCCUGUGGCCCUGUGGCCCUGUGGCCCUGUGGCCCUGUGGCCCUGUGGCCCUGUGGCCCUGUGGCCCUGUGGCCCUGUGGCCCUGUGGCCCUGUGGCCCUGUGGCCAUGUGGCCAUGUGGCCAUGUGGCCAUGUGGCCGUGUGGCCAUGUGGCCGUGUGGCCAUGUGGCCAUGUGGCCAUCGAUGCAGGCAGCCCUCGAGACCCGACUUGUUUUUCCUAA